AUGUUGUCAUUGAACAAGAGUUCCAUAGUGGAAUUUAUUUUCACUGGGCUCACUGACAAGUCUGCACUCAAUAUUCCAUUGUUUGUCAUCUUUGUGCAUGUUUACAUCAUAACCGUGGUGGGUAAUGUAGGAAUUAUUACUCUAGGUAUGGUGGACAAAAGUCUUCACAAGCCCAUGUACUUGUUUCUGUGCAACCUUUCCUUUGCAGACCUGGCUUAUUCUUCAGCGGUCACUCCCAAAAUGCUAAAUGACUUUUUAUGUGAAACCAAGGUCAUCUCUUUUGUCGGCUGUGCAAUGCAGAUGUACAUCUUUGUCUCCUUUGCAACCAUCGAAUGUCUUCUUCUGGGAGUCAUGGCCUACGACCGCUAUGUGGCCAUUUGCAGCCCAUUGCUGUACCAGAUUCUCAUGAGCAGCAUAUUGUGUCUCCGCAUGGUGAUUGCUGCCUAUUUUGGAGGCUUCAUGACUGCUCUUGUGCACACCAUUGGUGUUUUUCAUCUUAACUUUUGCAGAUCCAACACUAUUGAUCAUUUCUUCUGUGACAUUCCACCACUUUAUAAGCUGUCCUGUUCUGAUAUAACCAUAAACUUAGCCAUUCUGGUCAUUUUAGGUGGUCUGGUCACCAUGAGCUGUCUCAUACUCAUCCUGGCCUCGUACAUCAACAUUAUCCUGGCUAUUAUGAAGAUACGGUCAGCCCAGGGUAGAUACAAGGCUUUUAAUACAUGUGCUUCUCAUAUGACUGCUGUCAGCGUCUUCUAUGGAACUGUCCUCUUUAUGUAUUUUCGUCCAUCUACCAGCUAUGCCCUGCAGCAAGACCGGGUAGCAUCUGUGUUCUACAGUAUAGUUAUACCUAUGUUAAACCCUCUGAUAUAUAGUCUUAGGAACACUGAGGUUAAAGAAGCUCUGAAGAGUUCUUUGAAAUGUUCAAAAGAAUAUUGA